CAAUCGUUUAUUCUUACAUUUAUCAUCUUUAAAUAAAUAAUGAUAGUUGAGCUAUAAUAGGAAAACCACGUUUUGUCUCCACGUCCCCCCUGUCCGUGUCCAUGUCCACGCCCCUGUAUUCGCCACUUUACUCUAGACUUUCCUUCUUUGACUCGUCUCCAUCUCCAGCCUAAUUUUAGCGAUUUUGAGCCCCCACUGGCUAUAAGCGCUGCAACGCUGAGUAGCAUUAUCACGCUCGAAGGAUUCACUAUCAUAUGCGCGCCUUAGAGGCAUUGGAGGAGUCUAGCUGACCUGCAUCACCGCAUCGGAAGGAUUAACUUUGUGACGUUGCAAUCGUAUCAUCUAACGCGAAGAGGACAUGGAAGGAUGGCUUAGAUGGUCUUCGAUGUUCUUAGAUGUUCCUGGGUGGUUGUCAUCUUGAAUAUGAUUUAGUCAUUUAAAUGCUUCAGCGUAGCUUACGCGAUCUCGAUCCGUCCUCCCCUCCUUGGGGCCUGUUCUGCCGUUCUUUACUAUACCUACGUGUAGUCGUGUACCUAUUAACCAAGCCAUCGGCCUACCAGUAAACGUCUGUCAGCAAGCCCAUUAAUCUUUUUAAGACGUACAGGUGUUACGGUAGUUGGCCGAAAAACACUAGAAGCCUUACACAACUUCCAACGAAGCUGUUGUGUCAUCACCAACAACCAACAAAUUAAAAACGCAAUCGAGAGCCUUCUAGGACUAGGUAACAUCAAAUAUGGCGGCCCCACCACCAUCGCCAGACCAGUUUCCACCUGGGUAUCUGGAAGAGGACCACGGCGGGCGAGUGAUUGCUGCCGUCACCACUAUUCUCGUCAUAACCACAGUCCUUUUUGGGCUACGACUUUGGGCAAGAAGCUUGACAACAGCACAGCGAGGAUGGGACGACCAUGUAUUAAUCCCGGCUUAUAUAUUAUUACUAGCAUUAUGUGGUAGCCUCUAUGCCGAGGUAAUCCAGGCUGGGCUUGGUAGACAUACUGUAGCGGUGGUGAUGGAAGAUCCCAACAAGGUGACCAAAUAUCUCCUGUUGCUGUAUCUCCUGGAUUGGUUCUACGUACCAUCCAACAUGCUAUCGCGAGUCUCGGUGGUCAUCUUGUAUCUACGCAUCUUCACCGACAAAUGGGCGCGAGCUGCUUGCUGGGGCGUCAUGGGAUUCUUGAUCGCGAAUUGCCUUGCUACCAUCAUCGCUGCCCAGCUCGAAUGCACGCCCCUUGCAUUUACUUGGGACAAGAGCAUCCAGGGCGGCACGUGCUUCAACCAGAUACUAUGGUAUCAACUUACCAACUUCCCGAACAUCAUAGGCGAUGUCAUGAUUAUGAUUCUGCCCAUUAGAACCGUCUGGGCAUUAAAGGCCUCCGUCGGGCGAAAGGCUGGCAUCGCAACUGUCUGCCUGACGGGCAGUAUCGGCAUGAUAGCCUCAUGUGUGCGUACCAGUGUAUUCUAUACCCAUGCGGAUGUGAUUAUGAACGACCCAACGUUUGCCGAUGAGGCAUUCUCAUGGACGGCAAUCGAAUGUGGCAUGUACUUCUCGGCCGCAUGUCUGAUAGGAUUGCGACCACUCCUUUCCCGCCUACCGCAUUUCGUCAAAAAGCGCGUCCUAAAUGCAUCGGACAACGCUGGAGGUACAUACGCGCACCAAAAUGAUAAGUUGCGCCUGGGCAGGUAUUACAACAGCCAGUAUGCUAGUAUCGUAGGCGACGACGAGUUGGGUCCACGGAGCCGAGCUGAGAUUCCGCUUCGACCUACUAUACCGCCUGCGCACCUUGCCCACGAUCCUUACAGGAGGGGUCUAAGCAAAAGCGAAAUUCGCGUAGAGACGAAUAUCGAGAUUAGAAGGGAUUUCGACCGGUCUUAUCCCUGAUGUGAUUUCAGGCGGGAAUUGGGCUUCUCUCUUUUCCUUUUUCUUUCUGGUACUUUUAGCGGACUGAGAGAUCGCGGCAUCUUUGUUAGGUGCCUUGGUAUGUAUAACAUACAGAAGUAUAUAAGUACCUAGUUAUAUAAAGAUCUCUGGCUUGAUGUUGAUCUAGAGUGGACUUCUAAAUAUGAAGAUAUCUUAACACUCCUUUAAAAUAGUUCUAAGUCUAGGCUUAAGGCCCAUGAUCUAACUGAAGCAUCGCCACUUAAUAUUUGAUACCGGAUAUGCGAGGUUCAUACUAGAGAAGCCAAAGCAUCUAGAAACAAGAAGGAUAG